CUCCUGUGUGGCGUCUCCCUGGGCCCCUGCUUUUCUACCUUUUGAGAACAGACCCUCUCUUUGUGCUUUGUCAAGGUGGACUGAUAAUUGUGCGUAGCGCCGGUGCUGGGCUGUGUAGGGGUCUUUGUCAGGGAGAGUGGCAAUAUCUCAGCCCCCAUUUGUGGUCCGGCUAUUGUAUAGGCUCGGAGACUGGGCAGGUGUGGUGGAGACGGUGAACCUGUUCAUUGUGUAGUUGGGGAGUUGUGCUUUGUGAAGGCGGAAUGAGCACUUGUGGUCUGCUUUCUAGCUUGGACUGUACUUGGGAUGGCAAAUAUGUGUAGCUCUGUUUUCAGGCGGCCCUUAAAGGCUGCCCUUCUUGGGAUCGCUUGAGUGAGUGAGUGAGUGGAGUUUGGGGUGUGUUCUUUCACCUGACUUGGGGCUGCUUUCUUGGGUGCAAUUGUUGAUUUGUCUCUGGAGCCCCGUUAUGUAUUAAAGCUGCAUUGGAGUCUGGGGCGAGUGGCAUUGGAGGCUGGAGUCUAUGUUUGUCAAGAUAAUAGGAUGAUGGAAAGCGGCGUGUGAGGUUGCGCCUACUUCAGGGCAGUGUAUCUGGUGCGCUGCUGUUUAUCUGGACUGGCCGAGCAGUGCCCCUUUCCCACACUAUGGUCCUUAAGUUUGUGCUUCAUGAAUGGAAAGGAGACUGAAGGAAUGUGCAUGUGGAGAGAGAGGGGCUUCAGAGCUCAGUCCCCCCUCUCCGUUUGCAGUUUUGAGGGUGGCAGGGAUGUUUGCGAGCUGGCAGUGAGCCAUGAGGCUUGUCUUGGGGUAUUCUUUAUCUUGUUCUCGAAUUGUGAAGAACAGAAGGGGUCACUGUGGGGUGGAGGGCGUCUGCCGGCAUGCUAAUUCCGUCACAGACAGUGCUAAGUCAUCUGAUCUGCUAUUGCCUGGGGUGGCAGCAGCAGGUUUCACUGGUAACCAGGCAGCAGCCCUGCCUGAGAGGGACACCACUGAGCGUGGAGCACCCUGAAUGAUUUGCUCGGGACGGCUGCUGCCGGAGCAAGGGUGCGAUUUUCUCCGGCGCCUUCUGGCACAGAAGCACUAACCGUCAGGCCGCGCCAUUUGAACUGGGUGGAGAGAUGCAGCAAUCAACGGGUGUGCGGCCUGGAGCAUGACAUCAGUGGCGGGGUGGGAGCACCAUUGGCCAAGGGAGCACCUUAAAGCGCUACUUCCUGCCACGAGUGUUAAGAGAUUUUGAAUGUCCUUGUAGAGCGGCUGGGAAUUUCUGUGACUUUAUCAGGUUUAACCCAAAAGCAAACCUCGGAAACCAUACCUGCAUCGAUGCUUUGGAAAAGGUAGUUUUUGCAGACAGAGGGAUUAAACAAGCAGUGAAAGAGAAGAUGAGCAUGUUGAAGCCAAGUGGGCUUAAGGCUCCUACCAAGAUUAGCAAGCCUGGAAGCGUGCUUCAGAAAACGGCGACAUCUGUUGCUUCUGUCCCACCAGAAAAAUCAGCAGCCAGUGAGAAAACGUCGGCUGCACCUGCCUUAGAAACACAGGAUGAGUUUGUGGAUGACUUCAGAAUCGGGGAGCGUGUUUGGGUCAAUGGGAACAAGCCCGGCUUUAUUCAGUUCCUGGGAGAAACACAGUUCGCUCCGGGACAGUGGGCAGGAAUCGUUCUGGAUGAGCCCAUUGGCAAAAACGAUGGCUCUGUGGCCGGAGUCCGGUAUUUCCAGUGCGAGCCCUUGAGAGGAAUCUUCACAAGGCCCUCCAAGCUAACGCGGAAAGUGGUGGCGGAGGACGAAUCCAAUGGUACUCAGGCUUCCUCUGCUUCUCGAGCAACUUCACCCACGUCUGUGUCAGCUGCUAGCCUUGUGUCUUCGCCUUCCGCAGUUGCACACCUGCCUCCCACAGGUAUUCCGCACAAAACGUCUCCUGCUGCGAAGGAGCACCCUGCUUCUCAAGUCAGCAAUCUUUCGAAAACAGCAAGCGAAUCCAUCUCAAACCUUUCUGAAGCCGGUUCUGUAAAGAAAGGAGAAAGAGAACUCAAAAUAGGUGACAGAGUUUUGGUUGGUGGUACGAAAGCUGGCGUGGUGCGCUUCCUAGGGGAGACCGACUUUGCCAAGGGAGAAUGGUGCGGUGUCGAAUUAGAUGAGCCCCUGGGGAAGAAUGACGGUGCCGUGGCCGGAACAAGGUACUUCCAGUGCCAGCCAAAAUAUGGCCUGUUUGCCCCUGUCCACAAAGUUACCAAGAUUGGUUUCCCCUCGACUACGCCGGCAAAAGCCAAGACGACCGUCAGGAAAGUCCUCCCAACACCCACAAGCUUGAAACGCAGCCCAAGCGCCUCCUCCCUCAGCUCACUGAGCUCCGUGGCAUCAUCAGUAAGCAGCAAGCCAAGCCGUACAGGACUAUUGACAGAAACAUCUUCUCGAUAUGCAAGGAAGAUCUCGGGCACCACUGCUCUGCAGGAGGCACUGAAGGAGAAGCAGCAGCACAUCGAGCAGCUCCUGGCUGAGCGGGACCUGGAGAGGGCAGAGGUCGCCAAGGCCACCAGCCAUGUGGGGGAGAUCGAGCAGCAGCUCGCCCUGGCACGCGACGGCCAUGACCAGCGAAUACUGGAAAUGGAAGCUAAGAUGGACCAGCUGCGAGCUUUGGUUGAAGCUGCUGACAGAGAGAAGGUAGAGCUGCUUAACCAGCUGGAAGAAGAGAGAAGGAAGGUGGAAGACCUCCAAUUCCGUGUGGAAGAAGAAUCUAUUACCAAAGGCGACUUAGAGCAAAAGAGGCAGAUUUCUGAAGAUCCUGAGAAUACGCAGACCAAACUGGAGCAUGCCCGCAUUAAGGAGCUUGAACAGAGCCUGCUCUUUGAAAAGACCAAAGCUGACAAACUCCAGAGGGAGUUAGAAGACACUAGGGUGGCCACUGUGUCUGAAAAAUCUCGGAUUAUGGAACUGGAAAGAGAUUUGGUACUGCGGGCAAAGGAAGUAACUGAGCUACGAGCCAGGCUAGAGUCCAGUAAGCCAGUCAGCAGCGUGGACACAUCGUUGUCGUUGUUGCAAGAAAUCAGCACUCUGCAGGAGAAGAUGGCGUCCCUGGACAAGGAGCACCAGGAUGAGUUGAAGUCACUGAGAGAGAAGCUUGGAAUCAGUGAGGAAUCUUUCCAGAAGGAAAUAAAAACCUUGCUGGCCUCCAAUGAAAAACUGACAAAAGACAACGAGUCCCUGAAAGCAAAACUAGAUAGUGUCCAUGAGGAGAAUUUGAAGGUGACUGAGAUGUGGAAAUCCAAGCUGGAGUCUGCCACUGCUUCUCAUCAUCAAGCGGUGGAAGAACUGAAGAAUUCCUUCAGCAAAGGCAUUGGGGAGCAGACGGCUGAAUUUGCGGAACUCAAGAUCCAGGUUGAGAAGAUGAGAGAGGAGCAUCAGAGCGAAACAUCCGAUCUGAAGCUAAAGCAAGAAAAGGAGAGAUCAUUGCUCAUGAAGGAGGUUGAAGCCUUGAAAGAAAAGCUGCUGGAAGUCACAGAGGAGAAGGAGAAGAGCUUGGAGGCCUUCAGGACCAGAUUGGAAAGUGCUGAAGGUCAGCAUCUGGUGGAAUUGGAAGACACGCUCAACAAGUUGCAGGAGGCGGAGAACAAGGUAAAAGAGCUGGAGGGGCUGCAAGCCAAGUGCCAGGAACAAGCCAAGGAGAUUGAUAGUUUUAAAGCAAAGAUCAAAGCCACUGAAGCAAAGCUCUUGGAACUUGAUGCCCUUCAGCUGGCCAGCUCUGAAGGUAAACUGCAGUUGGAGAAACUUGGCAAGGAGCUCGAGGCAGCUGAAAAAACCAUACAGAGUUUAGAGAAUGACAAAAAUAAUGAAAGUAUCCAGGCUAUAAGUCUAGUCAAAGAACUACAAGUGAAAGAGAAAAAGCUCCUUGAUCUUGAAAGUCACUUGGGUGCUGUAAAUCAACUUAAAGAUGCUUUGGGAAAAGAGCUUGAAGAUUUGAAAGGAAAAUUUUCUAAGGCUGCUGAUGAGGCAGAAAGUGUACAAAAAUCUAUGCAAGAAACUGUUGAAAAACUAAACCAAAAAGAACAGCAAUUUGCACACAUGUCCUCUGAACUGGACCAGCUACGCUCUCACCUGACAGUCAUGGAAAAGAAAUUGAAAGAAAGAGAGGAGAGAGAACAGCAGCUUAUCGAGGCUAAAGUCAAACUUGAAAAUGACAUAACUGAAAUAAUGAAAUCCUCGGGAGACAGUUCUUCACAGCUUACAAAGAUGAAUGAUGAUCUACGGCUGAAGGAAAAGCAAGUAGACGAACUCCAGCUUCAGCUCACAAAAGCAAAAGAGAGAGCUACUCAGCUUCAGGAAAAUGUGGAGCAGAUGACAUGCAAAGCUGAAAAAGAUCAGCAGGAAACGCACAAAAAGCAUGAGGCUGAACUGCAGAAAAUGCAGGACAAGUUAGAGGAUCUGGAGAAGAAAGUUGCAGCUAGCCAGAAUCAGUGCAAAGACCUGCAGGCGGCACAUGAGAAAGCACAGUCUGAGGCAGCUGCCAGGCACGAUGGGGCCAUCAAGGAACUGAAGCAAAAACUCCAGGAAACAGCACAGCUCUUAACCAAUGCACAAAAGGCAAAUGGCGAGUUGGAAAAGCAGGUCAAGGAGUUGAAAAAGGAAGCAGAGCAUGCAAAGUCCUUAACCUCUAUGUUAGCAACAGCCAGAAAAGAGAUUGAACUAAUGUCAGACGAGAUGAGGGCUUUGAUAUCAGAGAAAGAAACGUUGGCGCAGGAGGGAAAUGCUUUAAAGUUAGAAAAAGGUUCCUUGUUAACAAAACUUGUAGAGUUGGAAUCCAAAACUGGAUUGUUAAAGCAAGAUCAGGAAAAACUUUGGACAGUGAAUGAAGAGCUUAAUCUGGAGAACAAAAAAAUGGUCAAGGACAAACAAGAUGCUGAAAAUAAAAUUGAGCAGGAAAAAGCUAAAAAUGAUGAGUUAAUUUCUGAGAAAGGAAAGUUACUCUUGGAAAUAGAAGCUGCCCAAGAUGAUCUUCUUAAGAUAACCAGAGAGAAUUAUGUUCUGCGCAAUUCAAAAGCAGCUCUCCUCAGCAAGGUGGAUGAGCUCCAGACCCGUAAUGAUGCCUUGACCAAAGAAUGUGAAAAGCGCAUCAGCCAAAGCGACGCGCUAGAGGACCGUCAGAGAAAGCUUUCAGAGGAAAAUGCUGCUCUUCUCAAAGAUAAGGAUGAUGUCAUUCAGAAGCUGAAAAACUCUUACGAAGACAUGGCCAGGGACCAGAAAGAGCUCCUCCAGGAAGUUACUACCCUGGCUGCUGAGAGGGACUCGCUUGAGGGCAAGCUCUUGGAUCUUGAGAACCAGCAUGUGGCUUUGAAAAAGGAAAGAGAUACUCUCUGGCAGACCAACCAAGAACUGCAGACAGACAAAGAGGCUCUCUUGAAAAGCCAGGAGGAACUGCGGAAGGGCUUGGAGCUGGCACUGGACGAGAAGCAGAAGCUUGGCGAGAAAACAGACAGCCUGCAAGCUGACCUAGAAGCAUCCCAGAAAGAGCUUAAAAAGGCCACCAAAGACCAUGUGCAAUUGCAGGCUGCACAUGCCAGCCUUUCAAAGCUCUUGGAAGAGUUUAAGGCCAGUAGGGCAUCAACAGACUCAGAAUGCAUUCAGUUACUGCAGGAGAAAGAAGCUUUGUCUUCAUCUGAGAAGAAGCUCUCUGAGGAACGAGAGGAACUUCUGAAUGAAAACAAGGCAAUUGUGGAAAAGCUGGCGAAGGUCUCUGAAGAAGCCGCCCUUACCGAGAGAACACUGAACGAGAGGCUGAGUCAGGUGAGUGCAGAGAAGGAGCUGGCCUCUCAGAAGUCCUCAAAGCUCAAGAAGCAGAACGAAAACCUUGCAAAGGAAAAGGCCACUCUGGAAGGGAAAUGCGCUGAGCUCCUUGCCGAAAAGCAGUCGGCCACGAAAGCCCUGUGCGAUUUGAAGAGGAAGCACGAACUGGACAUUUCGGCAAAGAGGAUGCUGACGCAGGACAAAGCCAGGCUCCAGGGCUCUGUUGAAACACUGAAGCGAGAACUUGACCAAAAGGUGGAAGAAAACCAGGAGCUCACUGGCUACAGAUGUGAACUGACCAAAAUCUUGAAGGAGACCCAGAGUGCCAAAACAGCGCUGGAGAACGAGUAUUCUGCCUUGCUUCAUGCCAAGCAGCUACUGGCAGCAUCGUUAAAGAGCAGUUCGGCUGAGAAGGAGAUCAUAUGCAAAGAGAGAUCUCAGCUGCAAGAAGAGUGCCAGAGACUGAGCAAGGAGCUUAGAACAAUCCACGAGAACCUGGCCAUACAACAGGAGGAGAGGAAGCUGGAUAAGGAGUCUUUUGCCAUAGAGAACAUGCAGAUUCAGAGCAGUGUCAUCCAGUUAGAGAGGGAGAGAGAACAGCUGACCUUAAAAAACAAAGAGCUGCUGACUGAAAGGGAUUUAUUGAACCAGGAGAAAUUAAAAUCUGAAUCGAAACUAGAGGAAAUUAUGAAGGAAAAGGAGAUGCUCAGGGUUGAGACAGACCAACUUGCGUCCAAUAUUGAAAAGUUAAAAAGUGAGUUUGUAGCGUUGACCAAGUCAAAAGCAGAACUCCAAGAACUACAUAGUUGUGUCUCUAAGAUUCUGGAAGAUCUCCGUUCCAGCUACGACAUUUCUGAACUGGAGCGGGGUAAGUUGCUUCAGGAGAAUGCGAUUCUGCUUUCCGAACAGAAGCAUCUUACCACAAUUAAGGAAGAAAUCUUGAAAGAGAAAGAGCAGUUCUCUCAAGACUACUAUAAGCUGCAUGAGGAGGUAACGCUUCUCGCCCAGGCCAACAGCGAGGUGACAGCCAGCCUUUUGGCAUCUCAAAGCAAAAACGUGAUGCUGCAGAAGGAAAAGGAUGAGCUUGUUUUGAAACUGAGAGCACUUGAGACUCUUCAGGUACAUGCGGUAAUUCAGAGAUUUGAGAAUACACAAACAGCUGAAGAUGCUUUGCAAGUAGCUGAGCGAGUAACCAAAGAGAAGGACGCCCUUCAUAAAGAGAAGAUAGAGACGUUGGCCUCUCUGGAAGAUUCCAAACAGGCCAAUCACAAGUUGCAGAAAGAAUUGGAUACCCUUAAAGAAAACCACCAAAAGAAUCAGGAGGAGCUUAAAAAAUAUCAGGAACUUUGCCACAUGGAGAACAAAGAAUUGGAAGCGAUUAGAAAAGAAGUAGAAGCACUAAAGCUGGCAGAAGCUGAGAAGUCCCAGCAGCUUGCAGCGUUGCAAGAAGAAAACGUUAAACUUGCAGAGGAGCUCGGCAAAGGAGAAGUCACCAGUCACCAGAAGCUUGACGAAGAGAGAUCUGUCCUCAAUAACCAGUUGUUAGAGAUGAAAAAGAGAGAAUCCAGCUUAAAAAAAGAAAUUGAUGAAGAGAGAGCUAGCUUACAGAAAUCCAUCAGUAUUACUAGUGCCUUGAUUACAGAGAGAGAUGAAGAACUGGAAAAACUCAAAAAUGAGGUCACAGUGCUCCGUGGAGAGAAUGCCACUGCGAGGAAUCUGCAUUCAGUAGUUCAGUCACUGGAGUCUGAUAAGUUGAAACUUGAGCUAAAAGUGAAGAAUCUGGAACAGAAGCUGAAAGAGAGCCAGAAACCUCUUUCUAGCUCCUCAGAUAAUGCAGCCAGUGGCUCCCUCCAGAAUGACAGUACCCAAGAAAGCCAGCAUAUGAUUGACUUCCUGAAUUCUGUAAUUGUGGAUCUUCAAAGGAAAAAUGAAGAGCUGAAAUUGAAAGUGGAAAUGAUGUCUGAGGCAGCUCUCAAUGGCAACGAAGAAGUAGUCAUUAAUUAUGACAGUGAGGAAGAAAACCAGGUCAAGAAGAAGCCUCGCCUUUUCUGUGACAUUUGUGAUUGUUUCGAUCUCCAUGACACUGAAGAUUGUCCAACUCAAGCACAGGCAGCCGAUGAACCUCCACAUUCGACUUACCACGGCAGCCGAAAAGAAGAACGGCCCUAUUGUGAAAUCUGUGAAGUGUUUGGGCACUGGGCUACAAAUUGCAACGAUGAUGAGACUUUCUGAUGCAGGAGAGGACCAGGGAAAUGCUACUUUGCUCCGUUAUCCAGACAGCGGUCCACCACCAGCAUUCAAGUGUGCCGCUGUCAGGGGAAAAAGGACGGCCCCCCUUGCCCUCCCAAACAUCUUCACAAACAACAGACUUAAAGAUAUAUUUGAUCUUCCAUAGCAAACUAUUUUAUUCUGCCCUUACUAAGCUAAAAUUAAAAUAAAUAAUUUACGAGGCAGAUUGUUGCCUUUUUCACUUCCAGCUUCUGAGUUUGUAUGAUCUUUGAAGAGAACUUUCCAUUAUGUCAUGCUGUUUAUUUAUGGGGGAAAGCCCAAACUAGUUACAUUUUAGCUUAUUUAAAGACCUUUAAAAUUAUGCUGUUAAUUUUCUAUUUGCACUAAGCUCUUAGAGCUGCAAUUAUAUGUUUUUCAGUUUUGUAAAGCUUUCGACACUGGAAUGAGUUAAGAGAUGAGCUCUUUUUUAUUUUCAUCUGCUCAGUUAUCUCUUGAUCAAAGAAUACACGAGCUCUGGUGCGCUACCUAGAGAUCAGUAGUGCCUUUAUUUCAUUCUUAACGGUGUGAAAUUUUGUUUAUUAAAAUAUCAUGAAACAGGUAAGCAAACAAGCUACUGUGGGGAAACCUUUUAUAAAGAAACCUCUGCAUUGUACACAUCGCUAACAGCCCUUUUCAUGGUCUUUCAGCUUCUGUAGAGUUGUACAUAAGUACAUAUAUAAAUAUAUUUAAGAAAAGAUUUAUAUUUUGGAAAAGUAUCUUAUUGUCUUUGGUGCUUCUGUGCAUCUGAACUGCUCAGAGGAGUUUUGUGCACAUUACAGUAACUUGAUUUUAUGAUUUUAAAAAGUUUCACUCUUGGGAGAUGUUUUUUUCUGACUGCAUUUUUUUGUGCAUGUACAAAAAAAAACCUUCCAGAAAAUUUGUAUCCUGUAACAGGUUUUUAUUAAAAAAUCCAUUCAGGAAUCAAUACUUUUUGAUAAUGAUUUAUUUCCCUUCAGUCUGAAUUUUGUUCCAAAUGAAUGUAAAACAGAAAAUUCAGUAUUAAACAAUGUGGAUUUUCUAAGAAGCAAAAACCUUGCAAGAAAUGAAGAAAAUGUAAAACAAAUAGAACGCGCUGUUGCGAGUGAAACUAUGCCAUGUUUAUUUUAAUGCAUGCAAAUUUCCUGAUGAGGUUAUUCAGUCAUGGAGUUGAUGUGUCUACUACUUAACAGAGGUAAAGGUGAUGCCACAUACGCUGGUUUGGAUCUCUCUCCUUUUGAAUGUCUCAAACACAAAUGUUAAAAAAGAGAAAGUAUAUAUUCCCUGCUCUUUGUACAUUAUAGAGAAAUUUAACUCUUGUAUAACUGUGUAUAUAUAUCUAUAUAUAUAACUAUCUAUAUAUAUAGAUAUGCGCCUCUGGUGUAUUUUUUUUCCUCCAGAUUACAGACAGUAUUUGGCAAAUGAAUAUAAUGUCAAUCUAAUGUAAUUGUUUGAAAUUUGGAGUAAUGAAUGUAUAAUAGGGAUAGUUAAAAGCUGGAAAAUCAGUAUUAAACUAAACUGAGUGUACGCUAUCUUUAAUAAAAUGGUUAUUCUCUUGUCA